ACUACCCACAAUCAUAAGCGUUGCAACGACGUCAUUGUUUGGUCCAUGUCGCUGUUGCCAUGGAUAUGUUUACAGUACCAUGUACCCGUGAACGGCGAGAGCUAGCAACUAGCUACAAUAGAAGUCUAUGAUAGUUUCAAAAUGUUUCUUUUAGCGCCGAAUCCAUUAUCACUGACCACCACCAAGAUAAAAGAAAAUGAAUCGCGGCACGAAACGACCAAAGGGGGGAGCCAAGAAAAAGAGAGAGAAAACUUCGGUUUCACAACGCCAGUAUUCAAAAGAGAUAAUUGAGAAAAUGUUUAGAUUCAUUUUUGGACGAAACUUCUUUGCAAGACCUCGGUCUUCAGGAGAUAUGGACUCUUCUUCGAAGAAGUCCAAACGAAGGGGUGAGAGUCCUUCGUCUCCUGAAGACCUCAACCCUCCCACCAUCUUGAGGGAGCACGGACGAAGGGGUGAGAGACCUUCGUCUAGUGGAGGCACCAACCCUUCUACCACCAUGAAGGAGCACAGAGAAAGGGGUGAGGGCCCUUUUUCUUGUGCAGAAAACCAGCCCUCUACCACCAGGCAGCAAGAACGAAGGGAUGUGAGCUCUUUGUUCAUCGUGGGCACCAACCCUUCUGCCAUCAUGAUGGAGAGCAGGCAAAGGAGCGAGAGCUCUUUGUCUUCCUCUUCUGAAGAUGAUGAGCCUUCUACCACCAGGCAGCGAGUACGAAGGUUUGACAGCCCUUCCUCUUCAUCCUCUGAAGAAAAGCAGCCUUCUACUCCCAGGCGGCAGCAAGCAUGGAGGGGUGGGAGCCCUUCGUCGUCAUCUUCUGAAGAUGACCAGCCCUCUACCACCAGGCAGCAAGUGCGAAGGGAUGUGAGCUCUCUGUUCAUCGUGGGCACCAACCCUUCUAUCAUCACAAAGGAGAGCAGGCAAAGGGGAGAGAGCUCUUUGUCUUCCUCUUCUGAAGAUGAUGAGCCUUCUACCACCAGGCAGCGAGUACGAAGGUUUGAGAGCCCUUCCUCUUCAUACUCUGAAGAAAAGCAGCAAGCAUGGAGGGGUGAGAGCCCUUCGUUGUCAUCUUCUGAAGAUGACCAGUGUUUUACCACCAGGCUGCUAGUACGAAGGUUUGAGAGCCCUUCUUCGUCAUCUUCUGAAGAUGACCAGCGUUGUACCACCAGGCUGCUAGUACGAAGGUUUGAGAGCCCUUCUUCGUCAUCUUCUGAAGAUGACCAGCGUUGUACCACCAGGCUGCUAGUACAAAGGGAUGUGAGCUCUCUGUUCAUCGUGGGCACCAACCCUUCUACCACCAUGAAGGAGAGCAGGCAAAGGGGCGAGAGCUCUUUGUCUUCCUCUUCUGAAGACGAUGAGCCUUUUACCACCAGGCAGCGAGUACGAAGGUUUGAGAGCCCUUCCUCCUCAUCCUCUGAAGACAAGCAGCCUACUGCUCGGAGGCGGCAGCAAGCACGAAGGGCUGAGAGCACUUUGUGGUCAUCUUCUGAAGACGACGAGCCUUCUACCACAAGGAGGCAGCAACAACAAAGUCCUUUGUCCUUCGUAGACAUCAACCUUCCUACCACCUUUAGGCAGAAUGGAGGAAUUGGAGAGAACCAUUUGCCCUACGUUGACAUUGACCAGCCUAGCAUCUGGUGGGAGCACGUACGAAGGGGUGAGAGACCUUCGUUUCGUGGAGAUUUCAACCCUUCAAACACCUUGAGGCAGGACGGACAAAGUGGCGACAGCCCUUCCUCUACAUCUUCAUCUUCUGAAGACGACGAGCCUUUAACCACAAGGAAGCAGCGAGACAGAAGGGCUAAUAGCCCUUUAUCGCUCUAUCUGAGUGCGAGAAAGCGUUUGGAGGAGGAGGGUUUAAAAAGAGAACGAGAGAGGUGUGAAGAGAUGAAGAGAAAGAACCAGGAGAAGGAGAGGACAACGUUUGGUCUGCGUUCAAGAUUGUACAUUUGGUGGCUCAAUCGCAAGAUAGAGCGCAUUGCCAGGGAAAUCCAAUCAACCUUUGUGGAUGAGUGCUACCUCCUGCGUCAUGAUCCCCUCAGAAAUCCAGAGAAAAUGGCAGAAAAAGAACGGCUGCUUGACCGAAGGAGGGAGCUGGUCGUGUACAAACGCAGACAAGAAUUGAAGGUGGAGAGGGAAGUGAUGAAGCAAAAACUGUUACGCCACAACUCAGAAAUCCGACAUAUGUUAAAUCUUCGCAACGAGCCAAUGCCAGUCAGGUCUCGCAAACUCGUAAAUGUUAAAACCUAUCCUAAUUUAGCUUUGGUUAAGUUCUGGCAGAGACCUUAGGGUUAGGGUUAGACCCUAAAGACAGUAGAAAGAAGAAAGUAAGGCAAGAAUAGGUUGAAAAUAGUUUAUAAAAACUUAAAUUGAAAAUGGCCAAACAAAUAAUCUUUAAAAAAAUAACUGCGAAGAUAAAAAAGACAGUAGAAAAACGUAAGGAAGAAAGGCAAGAAUAGGUCAGAACAAGCAACAAAACCUUCAAAAAAAAGGUUCAAACUUCAGAAACAGCGAGAAAAACU